UCCACCUCUUCCUGUUUCUAAUCCGAACAAUCUCAGUCCCACACAACCUGUAUCAGCUACUCAAUCCCAGAAAGCAGCUGCAAUCCAAGCACAUGUGCUGCAGCAACACAUUUCUCGGCAAGCUACCCAGCCAGCGCAGGCAACAUCUGGAAUGCCGUCAGCACGUUCCCUUGCGCCCGCCAGCGGCCCUCUGCGUGCUCAACCAGGUGCAACUCAGGGAAACACUGUGCAACUACAUCCUUCGACCCUCAACGGACAGGCUCCGAGUCAAAACACCAUGAGUAACUCCAUUCCCCAACCACACUCCACUCAACAGUUACAUCCACAGAUCCCCCCCGGUCAGGCCAGUAAUCCAAUGCCUAUUUUCAACAGCAUGACCCAAUUCCACCAGUUGCAAGCAAUGCAGCAGCAAAGAUCAGCAAGCGGUGGUGCCUCAUUACCCGCGGUACAGAACCCAGUUUUGGAUCCACGGAUGAUUGUAACUCAUGGUGUAGCCGCGGGACAAAGCGCAGCUAAGAAUCCUGCCCAAUCGCAACAAGCUGUUCAGCAAGUUCAAUCAACUAACCAAGCUUUGCAACAAACGGUGCUUUCAAAGUCUCAGUCUGGCGCUCCCACAGAGACCGGCAGUCAAGCAGUCUCGCAAAAGAGAUGGAAAGGCAUAAUCCACUUCCAAGCGUUGGAUAACAAUAAAGGUGGAAUGAGGGAUUUCCGGGUGAUUGCCUUCGCACAGCCAUUCCGGAGAACGGCGGAGGACGCAGGGGUUGAUUCUUGGCCCCAGACCUUGAAGUUCCCGAUUGCGUCUUUCACUUCCGGCUCCCUCGAAGAGAUCAUGGCGAUAAUCAGGGCGAGGGACGUACCGUUGGUUGGGUUCUAUCCGGCGAAGCAACGAAGUCCCGGAGUGGAUAUAGGGAUUAACGAGAAGGUUUAUCAAGCCCUAUACAUCAUUAUGCAUAGGAGCGGGCUCGUUUGUACCGUGAACAUACAAUUCCCGGGGCAGGGGCCGAAUCGCGGCAUCAUGCUUUUCCCCUUUCCCGCAUCCAACCCCACGGAGGAGCCAAAAGUUUAUGGCGCGGUUUUCGUGACGGAUGAAUUACCUCGUCUCACGACUUCGGUGUCGAGUUCGGUCCAUCGGCCGCUUCAGCCUUCACAACCUGAGUCAGUGGUUGCUCAGCCUAAUAUUUUGACGGCUGCGGCACAGCAGAAACAGCUUCAGCAACUGGCGACAAUCUCUAGAGCACGUGUGAGGCAGCAGACCCAGCAGCAGCAACAGCAACAGCAACAGCAACAGCAGCAACAGCAACAGCAACAGCAACAGCAACAGCAACAGCAACAGCAACAGCAACAGCAACAGCAGCAGCAGCAGCAGCAGCAGCAGCAGCCACAACAACAACCACAGCAGCCUACUACUGGUGUCAACUCUGCGGCUCAGCAAGGCAAUCCGAUUGGUCUUGGACUGCCGCCGCCUGCCUCAGGGGUUGCCAAUGCCCUUGGUUUCAGCCCGGGCCCUGUGCACAACGCCGUCUCGAGUUUCGGUGCUCCAGGGAGUAGUAUGGCUCAGAUCCAAACUUGGUUGCGUCAACAGCAGCAGCAGCAGCAGCAAAUAGGAAGUCAAUCGCAGCAGGUACAGCAGCAACAAUCAUUGGGCGGAUAUGCUGGUCGCCCUCCACGGGCCGGGUUCUUACCAAUGCAAGCACAACAAGGCAACUCACUUGGUACGCGACCCACGGGGCACGUCAGACAAACGUCGGGGUCCGGCGCUCCUAUGCCUCCGAACAAUACUUCGCACUCAGGGAUUCCCGCGGAGAUUCUUCGCCUUAUAGCCUCAAGCAAAGCCGGACCUGGAACAGGCACGGGACGCCAAUAGUCUUUUCCAUUAUUUUAAUUCUUGAUUCCAUGGUCAUAUCUUGGCCU